CCUCCCCUCCCCUCACUCCAUCACACCCCCUCCCCCCUUCCACUCCUUCCCACCCACGCCUUCCUGGGAUUGGAUUGGCUGCAAGUUCAAGUCACGUGAAAUAAUCUGAUUGGUUGGUGACACCUGAUUGCGUCGGUCUCGCUGCCAUUUUGGAUAGGGCAACUUCCCAGGACGCGGCCAUUGAACUGAGCCGAGUUCGACGAUUAAGAUUUGUUUAAUAAAAAUAAAUAAUAAUUAUUACAGAUCUUCAUAUUAUACAGCAAUUGAAACGAUAUUGAUAUUAAAAACGAUAAAGUACUAGCGAUGUGGGCGGGUCUUGUCGAAAUACAAGUAUGGAGGGAAAAAAAUCCCGCCAGUUUUGCUGUAUCAUUUGUUCCAGCACAAUUUAAACUAAAUAAAUAAAGAUUAAUAUCUCAACAUAUAUUUAUCAAUUACGUGUGUUAAUAUAUAUAAAAAACAUGUUUUGACAACAGCUAUUACAUCACCAACCGUCAAGGAUCGAGAGAUACUACUUCCGGUUUUUCCAGCGCGAGCGUUACGCUAGCAAAACUUGCUAACAUAUUUAGCCAGGUAUGUCAGGAAGAUACUAAAAUAAUAACCGCAUAUAUGGAUAUUUCUGUGAAAUAAUUAAAUUGCCAGUUCAUUAAUCUAUCAUGUAAACAAUUUAAAGAAAUCAGAAACCAUUUUGACUGUUAGCUAGUAGGUUGUUUGUGAAGUAGCUAGUUAUGCUAACGUUAGCUAGUUCGCUAAUUCUGCUGUCCUAGCUAGCGCACGAGACGGCUAAUCUCGCAGUUCAUGAUAAAAGGAUUUAUUCUGUUUUUAUGAUAUGAAUGAUGUUUAUGAUAUUAAAACGUCCACGAUUUAGUGAAUAAAGCUACUAAAGUAAUGUAGCAGUUCAGCUACAUGGAGUAAAUUGUGCAUAAUUUACAUUUAAUCUGUUAUAGCUGGGCGAUUUGAUUAAAAAUACCGUAUCGCGAUACUUUAAGUCAUUUCCACGAUACACAAUGUGUAUUACUAUAUUAUAUAUAAAUAUAGAAGACUAUAUAUGUUGUGUUUAAAUAUAUAUGUUGUGAAGAUUUUUAAAAUUGUAGUUUGUAAUUGAUAUAAAAAUACGGACAAUACCUGCGAUAUCUUGAAAAGUGAAAAAUGUGUUUUGAUAUUUUAAUAAUUUAUCAUGAUAUCAGCGUAUUGCGCGGUGUGCUGGUGUGUAAAUUAAGUGUGAUAGCAGUGUGUGUGUGUGUGAGUAAUCAGCAGUGAAUGAAGGAGGCUGGUGAUUAAAUGUCCUCGGCAGGGCCGUGUGGAGGCGUGGAGAUGUCGCGCGUGCCCGCUGUGCCCGCUGUGCCCGCUGUGCCCUGUCCCGUACGCUUGGGCUCCGUCAAAACCGGAGGUGCUGCGGCUCAGCUGCACCAGUUCACCCGGGAGAGAAACCUGCACAAAGCAGAGAAGCUCCUCAAGCGAGGUGUGGAUGUGGACUGUGUGAAUCAUCUCGGUCAGACGUCUCUUUUCUGCACGUCUCUGCUCGGCUUCAGCGCUGUGGCUGAGCUGCUUCUUCAGUACGGAGCCGACCCCAAUCACCGCUGUGAUGACUGGAGCACUCCGGUCCACGCCGCCGUCUUCUCCUGUAACACGUGGCUGCUCAGCGAGCUGCUGGAGGCAGGAGGAGAUCUGCGACUUCACGACGAUCAGGGCAGGACGCCGAGAGACUGGGCCGAGAUCGGAGCUCAGGAGCACAGCGCUAAGAUGGUCAGUUUCAUUAACAGCUGCAUAUCAGUCAUGAGGAAUCUGUCUGAGUCGCAGCCGCCAAGAGAGAGACGCGUCACUCCGACUUCCUCCAAGACUCUCCUGCGCUCGCCGUCGCGCCUGGACUUCCUCAGACCGGUCUCUGACGUGGUUUUUAACAAGAAACCAACCGCGAAAUCAUCCGUCUCUGACACGGUCCAGUGUUUCGGCUUUGGAAAGCUGUGUGUGGAGAAGCCCGGGAUGUCUGCAGGCGUCCUCGCCUCCGUGCCACUAAUAUCAGACUCCGAGUUAUUACAGGCUGAAGACGAAGCUCUGCACUCGUUCCCGUGCGGAUCCUUCACCAAAAUGACCAACUACAGUUGGAGAGGAAGCCGCGUGACGGUGAAGGAGCUGCAGACCGACGACGCGCACCAACACGCCGAGCAACACGGCUUCCCCGACCAGCUCGUCACCGAGCUCGGCUUCUGCUGUCGGCUCUUCCACCCCCACCUUCUGCAGCUGAUGGCAGUGAGCUUUUCUAAUGAUCUCCAGCAGAACAAACUGGUGUACGAGAGAGUGCACGUGGGCUCGCUGUACACGCUGCUGUACCACAAGCGAGCGGAGUUCCCCGUCCUGCAGGUGUACGAGGUUUUGUCACUGAUCCUGCAGGUGUGUGAAGCUCUGUUCUACCUGCACAGCCGAACCCUGGUGCUGCGCUGCCUCUCCUCUCACUCCGUCCUCAUCGUACACCCAGGGGUCGCUAAGGUCACCGGCCUCGGCUUCAUGGUGCCCAGCGAUUGCAGUCCCUCCUCCGCUCUGCCCGUUCCUGUGAUGCUCUAUAACUGGGCGGCUCCUGAAGUGAUCAGGAGGAAAUCAUGCACAGGAAAAGCUGAUCUCUACAGCAUCUGUGCUCUGAUACAGGAGCUUUACACUGACGCCGUUCCGUGGGGUUCUGUGAAUCCAGGCUGGAUAAAGCAGGCCGUAGACGCAGGUCAGUCUCUCGCCGUGGAUCCGGCCGUGCCACAGCCGUAUUACGACCUGCUGCUGAACGGAUUGAAGCCCAGAGCUCAGGAGAGAACCUGCAGCCUCCAGGACCUGAGAUACACACUGCGCUCCGACCUCAGGGAGCUGAGCGAGAGAGGGAGGAGGAGUGAAAUGCGCCCCCUACUGGCCAGGUCAAGCCCAUACAGAUGGAGCACAGAGAGCAGGGAAAACAGAGACACUGAGCAGCCAGAUGAGCAGCAGGUGUUGGAUCAGGACGUGUUGGACCAGCUCCGAGACCUGGACAGCUUCCUGGAGAAAGAAACAAAGCAAACAAGUUCCGUCAGAAAUCUCCAGAACGACAGGAUGGAGAGCCGCACCUCAGCCGACAAGCUCCUGCAGGACAUUUCCUUCCGGGACAUCCUUCCCCUGGAUGAGUGGCGCCUGUCGCCCCGCCCUCCUUCCGUAGAGGAAGAGGACACGGAAGAAGAAGAAGAAGAAGAGAUGAAAGAGCGUCAUGUGGCGACCCAAUCUUCCAUCUCCAACCACAUCAGCUCCAUCGUCCUGAACCUCAAAGUGUCUCAGGUGCUGCUGCAGCAGGUGGAGAGCAGCUUAGAGCUCUCUGAGUCGAGGAUGACGGGAAACACGUGCUCCGGCGUCCCGCAGUUUGACGAGCCGGACGGGUCGGACGGGCGGAGAGAGAGACAGGUGGUGGUGCUGAAAGCAGUGGGACCUCCAUCUAAGUACGUACCCAGUGUGGAGCUUCAGGAGACGGAAGAGGAAGUCACAGAGUUCUGCUCAGCCGGAGAGGAGAGCUUCGAAUGUUCUGAGGCCGAUAAAAACGUCUCUGAGAGAGACAGGAGGACAAGGGGAGGACAGGAGCAGGCAGUCAGAUUUACUGAGGAGUGUGACAGGUUGCGUCAGUCGUCAGCGAGAUGUACAUCACAGGAGCUGACGCAAAACCACCGCGCUGAGCGCAACUGGACCAGUGAGGUGAGUGCGGCAGUGGCCCGGAUGGCGCGGGGUUUCUUGAGCUCUGCAGCAGGGGCGCUGGUGGGGAGCAGUGACAGUGAGGAGGUGCAGGAGCAGCAGCGCCCCCCGGUGGAUGCACGAGAGGACACAGAGCUGGAGCGGCUGUUCAAAAGCUUCGCAGGUGUGCACAGCGAGAGUGAAGAGAGCGCAGACUUCCACACCAUCAAUCACACCUUCACUCUGCCCAACGCUGUGUCAGAGGUCAAAGGUCAACACGGGGAGGACGACUCAGACUCAGACUCGGACUCAGACUCGGACUCGGACUCGGACUCGGACUCAGACUACCCUCAGUCACCUGUGGAACCUUCCAGCAUCUUCUACACUCCAAAACACAACCUGGAAAACACCGGCACUAAAGAGGAGCUUUCACAGACGUCGAAUUCAGGGGAUGAUCCGGACGUGACGAUGGAGGUGUGUCGCCCGAACAUGACCGCAGCGACGACAUUCAGAGAGUGCCGGUCUUCACCCGAGGAGCCAGAACACACUGAAGCAGAAUCAGUACCGCCGUCUGUACACACCACCAGCAGUCACGUGGCAGAUAUAGCCGAUCUCUCCAGCAUCACCUGUUCACCUGCACAGCUGCAGGAGUGGGCGGGGCAGGAUGGAGCUCGGCCCAGCCCACGCAGCACGCAUUUCCCACCAUGCAACAGCACCCCACGGAGCCCGCAUACACACACAGGUCGAGGCUGUAGCGCCCCCCGCAGGGAGGUGUGUGUUUCCCCACUCGUCCCUCACCUGCAGUCUCUGAUGGAGACGUCUCCGUGGCGCAGCGCCGAGUCUCCGUCCCACAGCGAGAGCUACAACACGGCCAGACUGGAGCACACCGACCCGGUACAUCGGUCAGUGCCCGGCGUCCACCAGUCUCCCGCUCAGAGGAGUUCUCCUCAGGGGGAUUCAGACACGCCCAGCUCUGGCAACCCAGAGUUCACUACAGCCAGCUCAGGGGUCAGACACAGUGAGGAGAAGACGAGCCGGGAUCUCACCGACACACCAGGCAGGACGGAGUUAAAACACACAUAA